AAGUGCGUCCUGUUAGCUUCAGACGUUAGAUAGCUCUUACAGGUCCCAGUCUCUCACUCCACUUUCCUGAGCGGUUUAUUCCUUCCAGGUAACACAGGGUGGUGGCAUCUGGAUGAGAUGUUUGCUGUUGCUUUCUUCGUCUUGGCUCUGGUGACUUGUCAGCCUGGAGUAACCAUACAGGAGAAGGUGAACCGGAGAGCAAGUCGGGCUGUUCAGGGUUCCACCCCCGCAGCAGUUUCCUGCCAGCUGAGCAACUGGUCAGAGUGGACAGACUGCUUUCCCUGCCAAGACGCCAAGUACAGAUACCGGAGCCUCUUGCAGCCAAGCAAGUUUGGGGGAGCCAUCUGCAGCGGGAAUAUCUGGGACCAAGCCAGCUGUCACAGUCCCACAGCUUGUCUGAGGCAAGCACAGUGUGGACAGGAUUUCCAGUGUAAGGAGACAGGUCGCUGCCUGAAACGCCACCUCGUGUGUAACGGAGACAGGGACUGCCUUGACGGCUCUGACGAGGAUGACUGUGAAGACGUCAGGGUCUCAGAAAAUGACUGCAGCCAGUAUGAGCCGAUUCCAGGAUCGGAGACGGCGACCUUGGGAUAUAACAUCCUGACCCAGGAAGAGGCUCAGAGUGUGUACGAUGCCAGUUAUUAUGGGGGCCAGUGUGAGACCGUUUACAACGGGGAGUGGAGGGAGCUUCGCUAUGACUCUGCCUGUGAACGUCUCUACUAUGGAGAUGACGAGAAGUACUUCCGGAAACCCUACAACUUCUUGAAGUACCACUUUGAAGCCGUGGCAGAUACUAAAAUGUCCUCAGAGUUGUAUGACAAUGCAAAUGACCUUCUUUCUAAAGUGAAGAAUGACAAGUCUGUGUCGGCUGGAGUGACCAUUGGCGUAAGCCCCACAGGCAGCCCAUAUACAGUGAAUGUGGGUCCAUCUGGGUCACGAGCCGCUUCGCUCCUGGAUAAAUUAAACAAGUAUAAUCAGAAGAAAUAUGGCUUCAUCAGAAUUUUCACAAAGGUACAGACGGCCCAUUUUAAGAUGAGGAGGGAUAAUAUCAUGCUGGAUGAAGUUAUGCUGCAGUCAUUAAUGGAGCUUCCAGAGCAAUACAAUUACGGCAUGUAUGCCAAGUUCAUCAAUGACUACGGCACCCAUUACAUAACGUCUGGAUCAAUGGGCGGCGUUUAUGAAUACAUCCUGGUGCUCAACAAAGAGGAAAUGAAAACGGAGGGUGUUACUAGCGAAGAUAUCACUGCAUGCUUUGGACUCUCCGUUGGCCUCGAACAUGAAUACAAACAGAUAACACAAAUUGGAGGACGUUUAUCAGGAGACCACUGUACAAAACAUGGAGGUGGCAAAAUUGACGGUGACGAGGAGACCAGGCUGGUGGAAGACAUCAUCUCUAGGGUGCGAGGUGGCAGUUCCGGCUGGGGUGGUGGCUUGACACAAAACCAGAGCCCCAUCACAUACCGUUCCUGGGGGAAGUCAUUGAAGUACAAUCCUGUUGUUAUUGACUUUGAGAUGCAGCCCAUCCAUGAGAUUCUGCGGCACACGAACCUGCGGUCCCUGGAGGCCAAGCGCCAGAACCUGCAGCAGGCCCUGGACCAGUACCUGAUGGAAUUCAACGCCUGCCGCUGCGGGCCCUGCUUCAACAAUGGGGAGCCCGUCCUCGAAGGUACCGGCUGCAGGUGUCAGUGCCCCGAGGCUCACCAGGGCCUCGCCUGCGAACGACUGGAGUUACAGGGAGCCAAGUCGGACGGUCGCUGGAGCUGCUGGAGCGCCUGGUCUGCUUGUAGCGCUGGGACCCGGGAAAGGAGGAGGGAGUGCAACAACCCUGCACCCCAGAACGGAGGCGCCUCCUGUCCAGGCAGGAAAGUGCAGACCAGGGCGUGCUGAGGGCCUCUGGGCACAGGCAGCGGAGUAACACCCACCCACAGCGACCACUGGAUA